AAUUGUGUAUGUUUUUGUGUGUGAUUUACAGGAGACGUCCUUUCAUGACCGCACCACCUGGAUUGCCUUGACUGUUUGGCUUCCACGAUGCUUGGUCUACAGGGAAGUACUUCAACCCCCAAGAUGUAUCGUUGUGUGGCAUGUUCAGCCACCUUCCCUGGAUUGGCCUCUUUGCUCGUACAUCAAGCAACCCAUGCUAGUGUACUCCCCAAGGUCUCUUCCCAGCCACAACUGAAUGUCAGCCCUCCUGAAACACUGUUUGGAAGUAUGAACUCAUCCAGUGAGCAACCCGUUCCACUCUUGCCUGAGUGCCCUUCACCUUUUUGUUAUAUUUGUGAUUGUGGAGAAGAGUUUCAGGACUUCAGUCUAAUGCUGGAACAUAAGCAGUCACAUAUCCCUGAAAUCCAUCUACUGCCACCUCCGAAUUGUAAUAGUGCUGGCUCUAGUAAAAUAGCAUUCGAUAAAGAUUUACCCUCCCUGCAUGUACCAGAAGAAACACAGCCAGAUUUGGCCCUUAGUCUCCCCUCUACCUCAAGGUAUCCAGAUGUUGAACUACCCACGUUAACAGAACAUAAAUCAAAUGUAAGCCUGGAGGAUGGCAUUGUCAUAGUAACCACUCCUCAAGGCCAAAGUACACCUUCUCAAGAUGAAGUUGAGAAUCAACUUGAGAAAAUAUCAGGCCCAGCAGAGCUCAUACCACAGACUGUUGAGGACAUGCAUGUGCAUGACCAAACACAUUCUGUUCCCAGCAGCAUGAAGGGUGAGUUCUUACCUAAAAAUAACGCUUUAAUGAAGAUGCUCGCAACAGCAUACAUGAAGCACUCGCCACAGCCCCUGUCUGAGAAUGAAGACGAUAACACAGUUACCCCCAAACAAGAAGUGGUCCCCGUUGAUAUAACAACAGAAGCUAAAACUGAAGAGCCCCCAAUCAACAAUCUUUCAAUUUUACAGUUGAGGCGGCUGCUUGCAAAACCCGGUAUAAAGACAAAAGCUCCAUCCAUCAGCAGAAUUCUUGAAUCCAGUAAAAAGAAGGUUGUCUCUCUAACUAAGACUUUAUCCCCCGUAGUGGUUCUUGAAACCCGCCAAAAGCUCAUGGAUCCUGGCAGUAAUGGCACAUAUGGGAGAUAUCAAUGUGGCCGCUGUCGAAGGGUCUUUCAAGAUGUGGACAAACUUGCAGAGCAUCAUUUCUUGCACAAAAAAGAGAGGAUUAAAUGUUGCCGUCGCUGCAAACAGCUGAUCAUUGGGCGGCUCCCUUUACCUGAUAAUCAUGUAUGCCCUCGUUCAGGAAACAACACCACACAACCUUCAAGCUCUCUUAAAAAGAACUUACCAUUUGCCAAAAGAAUAGUUCCAUUCCAUAGCGUGAACAAUUCAAAAAAAACGUUCUUUUGUCCAGUGUGCAAGCACAACUACGCUCGGAUGUGGAACCUCAAAAUGCAUAAAUGCCAGGGACCAACGUCAGCCCCCUUUACGCAGAAAAAACCCUUCUCUUUCGCUAGGACUCAACUCUCCAAGAGUGUUGCCGUGGGAACUGAACUUACUGGUCGUAUCAAGGUGGAGGUGACCUCUCCUGAUUCGGAGCAGUCUGCAGUUUCUCAGUUGGCCUGGGUUCAUCCAGCAAAACGCUUCUUACCAUUUCCCCCCAAAUCUACCACAAGGGAACAGCACAAGCAAGGAGAAGAAAACAGCAGCUGGGAUGCAGCAAAUGAAAUGGAAGACGGUGAUGAAGGGGAGUGGACAAUGCCCUUGGAUGAUGAAAUGGAGGUGCUUAACUCUACAGAGAAAGCUGAUACUGAUGGAGAGGUGAAUAAUGCUGUAACAGGCGAACAUCAAGGGACGUCGCUGCGCUAUUUUGUCAGAGAUGGUCUAAAACGUUACCCUUGUAACCGAUGUCAGAAAACCUACAGUCGGCAAUCGACUUUGAGGCGCCAUCUACAGCUGUGUGGAUUUAGGCCACGUGGAUCUGGCACUGUAGCACAAAGUGGAAGUCAUGGUGCCAGUUCCCUAUCUGCAAACAAUAUGAAACCAAUGUUUGCCUGUUUUGUAUGUGGGAAGGAAUUUAACCGCAAAGAUAACAUGAUGGUUCACAGUAAGAAAUGUCAUUUGCAACAAAAAAUCCCAGGCGGAGGACAGGUGGGUAGAGGGACUGUGCAGCAGAGUAUGUCAGGCAAUGCAACAGAGGAGGAUGAUGAAGGAAACUGGGGCAUCAUGUCACUGCCCUCCGUUCUUCCACGAAGGGUGACGUGUGAGUGCGGGGUGGGAUUUACAUCUCCUAGGCUUCUCUUGGUGCAUCUGCAGAAACAUGCACAGGAAUCCUACACAUGUCCGACUUGUGGAGAGACUGUCAAUUCCUGGGCAGACUACGAAGUUCACCUUCAGAUCCAUAUGCAUCCUCAUCACCAGCUGCUGAAGGCACUAAAACCACAACGAUCACAACCAUUGUUGCUUCGUUUUCAGCAGCUGCCGCCUCAGCAGAAGCCUCCUCCUCAGCAGAAGCCUCCUCCCCAGCAGAAGCCACCACCUCGGCCAGUGCAUCAGCCCCCACAGAAGCAGCCACGCCCGCUGCAGCUUCCAAAUCAAUCAAAGAAGCAGCCACGCAUUGUGUGCACCCGAUGUGGGAACACCUUUUCCUCUCGCUGUUCCCUUCGGCGACACGUAUCCUGGAACCGCUGCAAAGGUGUGCGUGCUACCAAUGCCGCAAACCCACCCAAAACGUUCCAAUGUUCAAAAUGCAACUAUGACUUCCCGAACACAACCAGUCUUAUGUUUCACCAGAGGAGUGGUGCUUGCAAGCCUGCCAUCAAGCCUGUGCGUUGCCCUGUUUGUCUUCGCUGGUUUGGCACUAUGGACGGAUUGCAGAGACACCUGCUUACUCACAAGCCGUCUGAAUCCAAACAGUCUGAAUCAUAUCGCUGUGAUGUCUGUCAGGGUACCUACACAAACUUGAAAUCACUCAAAAACCACCGCAGGAGGAUCCAUCGCAUCAUGGCUGGGGACACCACACCCAAAACGCAACAGCUGACUUCCUCAAAGGUGCUCCAGUGCUCCACACCAGCAGUGAAUACUUCCAUACCCAACCUGAUGAUGGAGAGGGGAAAAUCAAAACUGCAAAAUAUCCUGGAGGAUGACCUGGGCAGAGAUUUAAUGAAUGCAGGGCGGUUUUGCUUCAGCUGUGAGCAGAUAUUUGCAAAUCGGAAAUGCCUGGAGGAACACUUUUGUUCUGCUGCAAGUCAUAUCUGCUCAUGUGGCACUGAGUUUGCUGAAUACAAAGAUGUGCUGGACCACAGCACAACACAUGAGCCAGGUCACCAAGUCCUUGAUCAUGGAACAAUACAGAAGCGCAGAAUUGAGAAGCGUAUAGAAGAGGAGCAGCAGCUGAAAAGACUACAGACUGGUGAGGUGGUCUGGAAGGUGCCUAAACUAAACAAUGUGCCAUCAGUGUCUCGUCUGGGGACACCUUUGCUGAAAGGACCCAUGACAUCAGCUCUAAUGCCACAAGUUCCCAUGCAGUCUGCACAGAUCUCACAAGUGCCUCUGCUGAACAGCUCUCUGUCACAAACACCUGUGCUCAUUAAACCCAGUGAGAAAGACGUGCAGAACAUUUUUGCAGGUGUAGGUGCACCAACUGUAGAUCUUUGGUCACUUUACCAACCUGUUGUGAUUUUGCAAACACUGCGCAAAUUUAACAAGACACAACCUUACACAUGCGCUAAAUGUGGGCAUUGUUUUGAGAGAAAAACCUCCCUCAUAUCCCACCACAGCUCUCAUGUAAUAGAUAAAAUAUCUGGCUGUAUAGGAUGUGGGCUGCUCCUCUCCAGCAAGAAAGUAGUACCCCGCUUUCACUUUUGUAAGGCACCCAACAAUACCACCAAAUCCAGACUCAUCACUGCUAUUCCGCUAAAUUUCAAGAAGCCAAUCGUUGCCAGUACAGGCAGUACUCCAAGGGUUGAGGGGCCUUUGGCCGCUUCCUCUCAACAGCUGAAAAGUCAAAGUCCCACUGCUGCAAGGAAAGGCAGUCGAGCCGGGAUUUCCACCCUGCAUCUGAAAAAACAGAAAAUCAGUGCACACGUUAAAAGCAGUCAGGGGCUUAAUGUCUUGCCGCGCCUGAUAGCAAAGGGUCCCAGCUCCUUCAGCCCUUAUAUCACUUCCCCUCUACUAUCGAAGAAUCCUCAUCCCAGGGCAUCCAAUAACGGAAGUCGAGGGCUUCCUGUCCCUCACUUCGUGCAGCUGAAAACACCCACACAGUCUGCUUCAGGUGUAUCAAACUAUCCAAUGCAGACAUCCUCUGCAUCAAAUGGUUUUCCAUGUCGAGUCUGUCAUCUUCCCUUUGAAUCUGCUCCGCUGCUACAGAGGCACAAGUGUGCCAGAGCAAAGGAGUUUAUGGCACAGCACGUGCGAGAUGGCAAACGAUACAGACUAAAGAGGGUGGCACCAUUGACACGCCCAAUUCCGGUUUUGAUGAAUGGGGAGAGAAAAUCUGGGGUUUCAGCUUAUGGUAACAUAAAGACAAACCAAGUCAUGUCUGGUAGUCUGAACAAAGGGCAAGGAGCAGCUCCUGUGGAUGGGGAAACAGGAGGCAACAUGGACGAUGAUUGUUUCAUAGUUGAAAGCGGACCAGACAAACCUGCUGAGAUGAUAUACCAAGUAACCUCAUCUGUUCCUAUCACAACUUGACAACAUUUGAAAUGUAACUCCAAUUUGCAUGUCACAUUUAUGGACCAAGUGCAUAAAGUCAGUCCUGUUAAAACAAAAUAUAGUUAUUGAGUUUAAUUGCACAAGAACACUAUUCUCUCUGGGUUUCUCCAUAUGAUUUUAAGGUGACAAUAUUAAUGUAUCUUAAUAAAGCUCGGUUUCUUUUGCUAGAACUAUAAACAAUCAGUGCCCCUGAAAAUAUAAUAGAAAAGGUUUAUGAUAACAUUCUGAAAAUGUAUGUACAUGGCUUAUCCAUUUUUGGUGGGGUAACCAGUUUAUCUAUUACGUUUUUUUUGUUCUUCAAUAUAUUUUUAGUAUGAUCAGAAUGUGUUGAGAUGCUGUGGGAAUUGGAAUGCAAUAAGGAAAUAUGUGUUCCUACCACCUUUGUCAGACUUUGAAAGGUAUUAUGUAUUAAACUGUAUUUUCAAACUGAGUGUUUUUUUCAUCAUAGGAUAAUGCAGCAUGUUAUAAUAUCCAAUGUUUUCUCAUUCAUAAACUGUAAAAACAAAUGACUGACUUUUAAUCCUCUGGAAAAUGUGGUGGAGUGAUUGAUUGGGAAUUUAAACUGACUCUCCUCCACAGUGCCUAGCGCACUUAUAUUGAUUUGACCAUUUCUGUUAUCUUAAUUAUUUCAUGUGUUGCUUCAUCUAUUAUUUCUGGCAAUUUUAUUCGGAAGCCCUAUGUAUUAGUGAUGCUUUCAUGGUCUAUUGUCAGUACCCAGCAGAGGGAGCCAUUUCAAAGCG